AUGGAAAUUAGACAGACCCAGGCAAAUGUUCGGGGCAAGUACAGGUCAUACUCUGCCAGUGACUUGCAUGAGGCAUAUGCUGUAGUGGUGGAACAAGGAUUACCUGUUGAGAGAGUUGCCAAACGUUUUAAUAUCCCAAUCACUACACUGAAAGAUAGAGUGAAGGGCAGAGUACACAUUGAUACUGUUCGGUCUGGUCCUCAAACAAUGUUUACAUUAGAGCAAGAAGCUUUUCUCUGCAAACAUUUGAUGACAAUGGCUAAGAUAGGUUUUGGCUAUUCAAGACAAGAGACAAUCAAUCUGGCAACAGACUAUGCAGUACAUUUGGGAAUCCGGGAGAAAAGCAAACCAUUCAGCCUUACAUGGCUUUACAGUUUUCUUAAUAGGUGGCCAGAACUAAAGGUGAAAAAGCCACGCAGUCUAGAAAUUGCUCGUGCAAAAUAUGCAACACGUCCUACUAUUGACAGGUAUUUCAAUGAACUUAACUCCAUACUUACUAAGUACAAUUUGAAGGAUAAGCCCUCCCACAUUCUUAACAUUGAUGAAAAAGGCCUUAAUCUGGAACACAAACCUCCAAAGAUUGUUGCAGGUGCUCACUACAAGACGCAAGCCGUAACAGCCGGAAGGUCCAAAACAGUAACUGUUAUUGGCGGUGGCAAUGCUCUAGGUCAACAGAUCCCACCAUUUUUCAUUUUUCCGGGAGCUAGGAUGCAGCCAGCACUGAUGGAAGGGGCAGCACCAGAGGCCGAUGGAACUGUAUCAGAAUCCGGUUGGUCCAACACAGAGAUCUUCGGAAAAUAUAUGAAGGAGCAUGUAGAGCCACUUUUGCCAGCACGAAACAAUGACAGCCCAGUAUUGAUACUCUAUGAUGGUCAUAAGAGCCAUGUAUCACUUGGAUUAGUAGAGUGGGCACGAGAUCAGCACAUAGUUUUAUUCGUACUUCCGCCACAUUGCUCACACUUGUUACAGCCUAUGGACGUAUCAUGCUUUGGUCCAUUUGAAGUUGGUUGGAACGCAGCUUGCCACCACCACAUGAGGGAGUCAGGUGGUCGUGUAGUCACACGGUACGAGGUGGGCCGCAUCGCGAGCAAGGUAUACAGCUCUACUCUGACACCUUUAAACAUCCAGUCAGCAUUCAGGCGAUGUGGAAUAUACCCCUUCGAUCCUGAUGUCAUCAAUGACAAAUCCAUAGCUCCGUCAUUGACAUUUCACCCACGUCCUGAAUCUAGCACAUGUCCUGAUGAGCUACAAGGUGACAAAUCUGAUCCAAAAAAUGAAACAACCAUGUCUGAAGCUAGGAUCUUUUUAGAGAAAAGGGGCGGUCAAAUCCUAGAGAACGUCACUGUUGCCAAGGUCAGGAGGACACUUAGUAAGGUCGUGGGAGGAAAGCCAAUAACUGAAGACACAGUGUUUGAAAACAUGAAAGACCACGUUGCCCAACAGAAAACACCAAGCUCAAGGUCAAAAACACCUAAAAAACAUCAAAAGAAAGACUUACCUUUGUUGAAUAUACCUAAGUCUCCUAGGCCUGUACAACAACCUAGCACAUCCAGCAAUAAUCGGAAGGCAGAUGUAGAAUCCCCAGCCUCAAUAAUUUCCGAUUCUGGUGAUGAAGAUGACACUGAAGUAUGCUCAGUUUGUGGUAGGUUCACUCCAACUGAGUUGAAAUAUUGUGUAAAUCUGACACUGGUAAAGUGGGGAUGCUGCGAUAAAUGCGACAAAUGGGUUCACUUGAGAUUUUGCUCCCCCGUGAAAGUUCUGAGGAGAAACGACCCCUUUCUGUGCCCAAAAUGCACAGAGGAGGAGUAG